CCGUAGGGAGAAGGAGGCGCAGGUGAGGUAUCCCGGCCCCUCCGGUCCGAGCGUCUUGUCGCGUUCCAUCUAGGGGCGGUGACGGGUCUUCUAGGAGUUGGCAGCCGGAUCCGGUGCAGCCUAGGCUUCCAUCACGAGUCUCCUGAGGCUAAACUGCAAAAUUACCAGAGGUGGAAAAGGAGACCUUCUGGUCGAAUCUUCUCAUCGUAGAAAAGGCUUAGAGACCAGGAGCUGUCCUAGAUUACGGGCACAGGGACUGGGGCUCCUCGGCCGGAGAGCCGCUGCAAAGACCUAAUUAAAAAGGACGCAGAGAGGGCAAGACUAGGAGAGCGACCCACCUGACCAGGGAGCCGCCGCCGCCGCUCCCGGAGACGAAGCUUUGCCCCAAAGACUAUUGCACUAUCAUCCUGUAGUCACUCCGGUUUUCAAAUUAGAUCUGAGUCUCAGCUACUUUCUGCAUGUUGUUAUCCUGUGUGCGCUUGGUUUCCCAGAAGUUCCAAGCCCCCCAGUCAUUGGUCAGCAGAAAGUUCCAGGCUCUGCAAUUCUUGGUCAGCAGUCCUUCACGUCCUUUCAUGGAUCUUAAAACUCUUGUUUCAUCAUUGAAUGACUUUGCCUCACUCUCAUUAGCUGAAAACUGGGACAAUGUUGGAUUAUUGGUAGAGCCAAGCCCACCCCAUACUGUGAAGACACUUUUGCUAACAAAUGACCUGACCAAGGAAGUGAUGGAGGAGGCGCUCCAAAUGAAAGCAGAUCUCAUUCUCUCCUAUCAUCCACCUAUUUUCCGACCACUCAAGCGUAUAACUUGGAAUACAUGGAAGGAGCGUCUGGUGAUCCGGGCUUUGGAGAAUAGAGUUGGUAUCUACUCUCCACAUACUGCCUAUGAUGCUUCACCCCAAGGAGUCAACAACUGGUUAGCAAAAGGGCUGGGAGGUUGUACCUCUCUUCCAAUACAUCCAUCAAAAGCUCCCAGCUACCCAACAACAGGAACCCAUCGAGUGGAGUUUAAUAUAAAUGACACCCCAAGCAUGGACAAAUUCAUGUCUGCAGUGAAAGACAUACCAGACGUUUCAAUAACUACCUUCUCUGCUAGGACUGAUGGAGAAGAACAAAUACGAGUUAGUUUGAACUGUACCCAGAAAGCAUUGCUGCGAGUGGUGGCUUUUCUCUCUGAAAAUAGUCAUCUUUAUCAGAAGACUGAGAUCCUGUCGCUGGAGAAACCCCUGCUUCUGAAUACUGGGAUGGGAAGAUUAUGCACACUGGCUGAAUCUGUCUCCUUGGCAAUCAUGAUCAAACGAAUCAAAGGUCACCUAAAGCUGCCCCAUGUUCGCCUAGCUCUUGGAGUAGGGAAGACUUUAGAGUCGCAAAUCAAAGUAGUAGCUUUGUGUGCUGGUUCUGGGAGCAGUGUCCUUCAGGGUGUGGAAGCAGAUCUUUACCUUACAGGUGAGAUGUCACACCAUGAUGUCCUCGAUGCUGCUGCCCAAGGGAUAAGUGUCAUUCUUUGUGAACAUAGCAACACUGAACGAGGCUUCCUGUCAGAACUUCAGGACACACUGGCAGCCCACCUAGAGAAUAAGGUCAACAUUAUCUUGUCAGAGAAAGACAGAGACCCUCUUCAGGUGGUAUGAAACAGCCCAGGACCAUCUGGGAUACUGCAUUACAUAAAUCCAUUGAUCCUAAAGAGGCCGCACUCAGGAACAAAAGUUGGUCCACCUCAAAGUAGUCUACCCUAUAAUGGUUCAUUUUUAGGUAGUCUGGUGAACUGUCUAAGUGAAGGCUAACGCAACUGCUUUAUUAAAACAAAGGAUGUUUGCUACAAACCCCAAUAAAGAAUAUGGAAAUCAGCUUCUGAAAGCAUUAUUGGAAGGUAGCUUCAAGUCAUGUAAUACUUUGCUUCACUGACAUUUCUCUCAGUGUUAGCUUAUGAUUUUACUUAAAAUAUUAUAUACUACACUACUGUAAACAUAAGCUCAUGGAGGGUAAUGACCUUCCUUUUCACAGAAUCAUUCAUCACUGAGGAAAUUAAAAUUUUAUAUUAUUUAAUAAUUGAUUCUAUUCUGUAAUUAACUCUGUUCCCCAUUUUUUCAAGCCACAUUUCUCAGUUCUGGAGUCAAGGUCAAGCACGUGGUGUUUCUAGUCCAAACUGGUUUGAAGGUGUGGUUGAAAGGGAGGGAAUGUCAUCACUCAUGUAGUUAGCCUCUGGGACAUUUUAUUGUUGUCUGUAAGCUCCAACCAGCUUAAGCUGCUGUCAUCCCUCAAAAGACAAAUCAUCAGUCCUUGCCUGUCCUUGUGCAGUUAGGGUAGGCUUGAGCUCCACCAAGGGGUAUCACAGUGGGUGGUUCUGGUCCCCUAACCAAGACAAGAGGCAACUGAGUCCUAUAGAACAAUAUUCCUUAACUGUCACAGAGGAGCGUGAUUAGCCAUACCAGAAAGCCAACCCAUUCCCUACCACCCCCACCCCUUCCCGUGUGUCAAAAAAGAGGAUUCCCUCCCAUUGGGGUUGCUGGCCUUACUGAGGUGGUCACUCUGACCUAUUCUGUUAACAUUACACACGUCACUGUUAAUAAAGCCACCUUCUAUA